UUAUUUAUCCAGGCACCACGAAACCACACUUUACAACCCGACACUUUAAUGCCUACUUUCUCGGCAACCUCAACCGCACCUGUGAAUAUUGCUACCCUGAAAUACUGGGGCAAACGCGAUGUCAAGCUUAAUUUGCCGACGAAUUCGUCUAUUUCUGUGACCUUGUCUCAAGACGAUUUGCGCGCGACGACAACUGCUCGAGCAAGCGAUAGGUACACUCAAGACAAGUUGUGGCUCAAUGGGACGCGCGAGGAGAUUGAGAAAAAGCCGCGUACUCUCACUGUUAUCAACGAGUUGCGCAAGGCGCGCGCUGAGAUGGAAAAGGCCGACCCCUCUCUCCCGGGCCUGGCAAGCCUGAAGCUUCAGAUUGUUAGCGAGAACAACUUCCCGACCGCCGCUGGACUUGCCUCCUCGGCCGCAGGAUUUGCUGCUCUUGUUAAUGCUGUUGCGCUUCUGUACAAGCUUCCUCACUCCCCCACUGAGCUCUCUGUGCUGGCUCGCCAGGGUUCAGGCUCCGCCUGCCGCUCGUUGUUCGGCGGUUAUGUGGCCUGGGAAAUGGGGAGCAAAGACGACGGUUCUGAUUCUCAAGCUGUUGAAGUUGCGCCUAUUGGGCACUGGCCUUCAAUGAAGGCUGCCGUGCUUGUUGUAUCCGCUGCCAAAAAAGACGUUUCUUCGACCGCGGGUAUGCAGGUCACUGUGCACACCUCUACACUGUUCAAAGAGCGCAUCACGAAUGUUGUUCCUCAACGAUUCGAGAAAAUGAAGAAGGCCAUUAUUGACCGUGAUUUCCCUGAAUUCGCUAGGCUCACUAUGGCCGAUUCAAACCAAUUCCAUGCUGUGUGCUUGGAUAGCGAGCCGCCUAUUUUCUAUCUUAAUGAUGUCUCACGAGCUGCCAUUCGCACUGUGGAGGCUAUUAACGCCGCUGCUGGUAAAAUUAUCGCUGCAUACACUUUUGACGCGGGUCCCAACUGUGUGAUCUACUACUUGGAGGAAAACGAGCAGGCAGUUCUCUCCGGCCUGUCGUGCCUCAACGGUGUGUCUGGGUUCCCCCAGGUUUCUGCCGCAGCCUCAGGUGAUGAUCGCUGGUCGCAACAGCUGGCUGCCGGUAUCGAGCGAGUUAUCAUGACCAAGGUUGGCCCCGGGCCCCAGUCGAUUGACGCCGAGCUCGCAGAGGUUAGCAGUUAA